AUGGACCAGGGCUAUGGCGACUAUGGUGGACAACCUCGUAAUGGGAACUAUACCAGCGUCCAUUUGGCCGAGUUCUUGGGGUCUCGGAAGAUGGGACGACAUGAACCGACUGCUGAAGAGGUCAUGGUUACGAUAAAAGGCAUUGCGGGUGAUUAUCAAGUGAACGGGCGUAGUCCUCGGGCGUAUAACAUCAUCGUCACCCCAACUGAAGUCAUAGUUGAGCAAAAAAAAAUUAAAGUGAUUUUUGAUCAGUCUCCGCCUGACUCUCUCUUUAUCUCUCUGUUUACCCCCCCCCCCCCUUCAUAUCUAGAUGCCGUUGGACAUGAUGAGAGGAUCCAGAUCAAAUACAUCAAUUUCUGUAUUCACGACCGCUCUAUGAACCAUAUAUUCGCGUUCGUGGCCUGGUCAGAGUCUCAGAGAAAUUUCAUCCUACACGUCUUCUUCUGUCCAAUAUCAACACAUGCAGCCAAUCUCAAGGCGGCAUUCGCCAUGGGAUUUCAAGCUGCUUUCAAGGAAUGGAAAAACGACGCCAGACCACCAAGAAGACAUACCAGUCGAGAUGCUUAUUCAGAAUAUGGUCCACCAGCCAAGUUAACUGUGGGAGCCCUGGAUCAUCACCGCCGGUCCUACGAGGCUCCUGCUGUACUCGAACGCGAGCAAUACCGGCCAGCACGUGUGACAAGCAGACAAAGGCCCCGAAACCGAUCCGCCCUUGGACCCCGCCCUAAUCAACUCAUCGAAGUCUACGGCGACCCUCGUCAAGCCGGCUACGACUACGACUUCGAAGUCGAGGAUGAUUUCAUUGGCGACUUCCCACCUCCGCCCCGACCCGCCGUCGAAAAGGAGGUCAUGUACACCCGGGAGACGUUAGCUCCGCCUGGUGGUGACGUGUACGAACGACGGAAUGGAAUUCGAGGUCCCGGCGCGGCUUAUGAUGACGAUGUGUACGCGUCCAGACGGGUCGGAUACGGUGAUCGAGGCGGUCGACGAUCACGGAGAUACGUCGAUAGCGGAUACGCACGCGAUGAUAUGAUCUACUAAACAAAUUCAUCAAAUGUUCACAAUAUUGCUUUUAUUUACAGGCCAAUUAGAAUGUUCACAUACACACAGGCUUUCUCCGCAUGAUAAUAUUGUUCACUUGCCAAAAUUAUUAAAUCUGGAGAAAUUCGUCAUCGAAAUGAAAGGGCCCAUCGUGGUUUUUCUUUCAAAUUUCUCGUGAUAUAGGACAAUUAUUCUCGACAGUUUUGUAGACCUUACAAUUUUGGUAAAUGAGCAAUGACUUGUUUGAGAUUGCCUGGUGAAUGUAAACCUUCGUCCUAAACCCAUGUAAACCUGCAUUAUUUGUUAGAUUGGCUCAGUCUAAAAUGCCUCCAUGCAACUCAAGUGUACUUUGAGUCCAGAUAAUGCAUGAAUGUAGCUUAAGACCACCGCACACCUUACGACUGUUCGCGAUCCGAUUUUGGAACAAAUCGCAUUUUGCUCAUUUUCUGAGAAUGUGAAUGGAACAUAUCAUUUCAUUUGAGGUUAAAAUUAGUUGAAAGAAUGCUACUAUAACCAUUUUGAAAGAUUCCAAGCUUUUAUUUUGCAGUAAAGGCCAAAGUAGAUUCAAAUCGUAGCCAAUCGUACGACUGCUAUGACGUCAUUACGACUAGAUAUUAAAUUUGCUUUUAUUCCAAGAAGGAUGAUAGCCCUGUCACAGAUAAGAACAUAUGUAUUCGUACGAUGAUUUCGAACAUUACACAGGAAGAUAUUCCAAGUCUCAAUAUUAGCAUCAAAUUCUACUACCUUUUAUUCAAAAAUUGAGUCGCUGACCAAUCGUAAGAUGUGCGAUCGCCUUUAUGUCUACUUUCCUAUGCAUGCUUGGCUCAACCUUCCGAAAGUCACACACGGAGUCAAAGCCACACCAACUAAAUAGGAAGUUUUCACUCCACGACACACGGCCGAUUCAAGAACGUAGAAAAUGUAUUGUAAAAUGUCCUACAUGACAAUGAACAACCAAGAAGUCUUUGAAAAUUGAAGACUCAAAACGGCAGUUUCGUCCCGGAUUCUGGAAAAACGAGAACCUAGGACGGAACUGCUGUUCCGAGUCGCCAAUUUUCGACAAAGACCUGCCAGGAGUUCUUUGUCAUCAAUGACGGGUAUUUUCAUACUGUAUCCUUGUAUCCGUCGGGCGUCGCUGUCACUAUCAUUUCCAAUGACGUCAAUCUGUUUGGAGUCGGCUUCCUUCGCCUGAUUCCGUGAUCAGAGGUCAAAUUUAACUCUCUUUUUUUUUUAAAUUGAUUAAUUUUUUUUUAAAGAGAGGAUAAUGUGGAAGGGCGGGGUUGUUUCGAAAAUAUGUUUUAAGAUCUAUAAAAUGUAUUGGGACGUUUGCACCACGUAGUAAUAUAUUGACGUCAUCACGCCUCCAUCUUUGAGGUCAGUGCCAUUGCCUUGCGUGCGUUGCUGAUCUGCAGCUGGCGCAUCUGUGACAACUCUGCUUGUGCGUAUUCCAAUAGCCUCUGGGAGAGGGCGUUAUGAGAUUAUGACGUCACAUGCAUAAGGUCUAUUAGUUGUGGCAUCCCAUAUUAGUGAACAGGAAUAAAACCUUGCAUUGGAAAUUUUCAAUAUUAUUUAAGAUAUUGUACAUAAUGUGAGCUUCCAAUCACGCCCAAGAGUAAAAUAAACUUUAUUUUAAAUAGGUUCUGCAUUUGGCCAGAUACGUCGCUCAGUGGGUAAAUAUUCGUACACAGGGGUCCGUUUCAUAAAGCUGUUCGUAAGCUAAGAGCGAGUUUAAGAACGACUGGUGACUCUUUUUUAUGCUCUAAACCAUCGCCAAUGAAUCUACAAUUUACCACAAGAAAGGAUCACCAAUCAUUAGAUUGAAAGACGUGUGUCAUAACCACUUGACGACGUUAAUAAAUAUAAACAAAUAAAAAAUAUCAAAACGUCAAAUUUACACUUGGAGGUGUUUUAUUUCCCCCUUACGUAUCUUUUGAGGGGUAUCUUUUAAAAGCAGUUCAGGUUUCAUCAUCAUCAAAUAAAUAUUCUUAAUGUAUUAUAUCUUUAUAUGGUGGUUCCUGGGUUAAUAGCUUCAUAUCCCGUCAUAAUGAUCACGUGACAUGCUACAUUACCGAUAUGAUGAAAAAUCUAUUUUUAUAUAUAUUGAUUAUUUACAAAUACAACGCCUUUAUACGCUUGAUGUUAAUGUUAUAUGCUUUAUUUUAGAUACAGAUGGUAUUUUAUCGCUGCCCAGUGAGAGAUUCAGGAAAUGUAAUGAAUCUAAUAUUUUGCAUUUGUAUAUAUUUGUUUCAGGAGUAGUCAUAAACUUUGAAACGGUACAUUAAACCUAAUUCAUGAUAACUAUGAAUAUUAUUGACCCCUGCGCUGUGAGCGAAGGUUGCAGCUGUUUGAAUUAAUGAAAUAAAAGUAAACAAGUAAUAAUAAACUGUUACAGUAUAGCAUAAUCCAUCAUAAUUCAAUGUUAAAGAUACAGUUAUAGGAUGUUGCCUUUUUCGUAUUUUUUUUUCAAAUAUUAUGUUUUUGUUGCUGUAGAGACUUAAUGACUGCCUAUCUCGAUCCUUAGCUUUAGAAAUAUUUUUUUAUUAUUAAAGGGACUUAAUCGAUAACGCUAUUUUUCAAAUCACUUAUUUCUUAGUAAGAUGAUGUUGUUGCCAAACAGAAUAUGUUUCAGUAUAUGGUUGUAAUUAUUGGCAAUCUUAAUUAGGCUUAUGUAAGCACUUUUUUAUUAGCGAAGAAUAAAGUACAUGAAUGUUAUUAUUAUACCCAGAAUGUUCCUCAUGUAAUCAGAUUAGUUUGGUGUAUAUACAUUUUUUUGUAAAUCAGUGUACUGUGCGAUAAAUAUAGUUGAUUCAUUCAUUUAAAUACAUUUUAUCGUAUAUGUUUCACAUACUGCAUACCGAAUCUGAGAAAAAUAUUUUGAUGUUGAAUAUGGGGAAUUGGGUGUUGAUACGAAUCCUUAUCAUCAUUAUUGUCAUGUUUGGUGUUAUGACUGGUGUUAGUCUAGCACCAACACCACCACUCAAGUUUAACACCUAACUUCCAAUACCCACGUGUUAAAUCUGCUACCAAUUAUGAUGCGAAAGUCAUUUGUCCAUGAUUUUAAGUGCUUCAUGUACGGCGACUGCAUUGACUGGAAUACUCCCCAAGGAGUGGAGAAUCGUUCGAUGACCAGGGGCCCGUAUCACAAAACUUAGCAAUGAUCGUAGAACAUUUUCUACAAUUGAUUCCAUUGACUACAAUGUACAAUCAAUCGUGGAAAUCAAGCGUACGAUCAAUCGCUAACCUUUGUGUUACGGGACUUAGGAGUCUGAAGAUAAUCGGUAAAAGCGCCGAGAUAUUAUUUAGGUCUGAAGCGACUUAGGAAUAAUCGCAUAACUUUUGAAUCAUCUAUCGGAAACAUUUUGAACGUUGAAAUAAGAGUGAUAAUCUGUUUAUUCACAACGCGCUAAGGCAUGUACAUUACAGAUUUAUAAUUACCCCGGUCUGCGGAUUUAAUCAGACAUUCCCGCACACAACGUAUGCACAUUCUCCAGUCCCUGGGGAUUUUUCCAUCCAGUCUCCAGUGUUGCGCACAUAGCAAUGUGUGCGAAUAAAAACGCCCCCUUAUGAAAAUUUUAUGUUACACGUAAUGUCCUUUCAAUCACAAUAAUUGAAUCAACAUUGUCCACUUUUCAAGUAAUGUCACAUGCAAAAUCAUUUUGAAAUGUUCUCCACGUUUUUGAUAGCUAUAUUGCUUUCACUUUUUAUCAUAAUUGAUCACACUUGCUGCUGGAGAUCGUGGAUUAGAAAUAUUUUUAGAAUUAAUUAAACAUUUUUUGCAUAACGUAUGAAUUCUACCUGUUUUCAUUUCUUUAUUUCAACAUACCUCGAAUCGAAACUAUUAUGAUAGAUAUUGCAAGCUGUCCUGUAGGAGAAAUUGUCGAGAUCGCUCCGACAAUAGUCUUCCCUGUGUAUAUAAACAUUCAGAAACAUGUAGGUCUAUUUACAUCAUUUUAAUCUUUUAAGUGUGUAUAUAGUUUAUAUAUAUAUACUAGUAUACGGGAAACGAAAAAUAUUGAAAUUUUAAGAAAAUGUACAUAUAAAUAUUCAUUCAUUUCAAACUGUGUUCGAAAUAUUGGAAAUGAUUAUUUCUUAAGAUGAACAAAUAUUUACAUUUUUACUCAUUUAUUUUCACAGUCGAGGCAGGUACAUUGUCGUGUAUAGUAAAAAUAGAAUGUCUUUCAUUUGAGUAUACAUGUAAUUGAUUUUAAUGGAUAGAAAAUUGUACUUUCAAAUUGACCCUAAAUGUCUUUUACUAUUUUACGAUUGAAUACUUUACAGUCGAGGCAAAUGAAUGAUCGUAUAUUGUAAAAACAGAAUGUCUUUCAAAUGGAUAUAAAAUUAUGUACUUCCAAAUGAGGCCCGAAAUGUCUUUCACUAUCUAACGAAUGAAUGAAGAGAUUUGUAAUCAAAAUAUCAUUUACAUCAUAAUACGCAUUUUGGAAUGUCAGAUCGAGAGUGUCGUUAUCGUGUCUUAAUAUUCUAUUUUGCAUUUUUAAAACUAUCUUAAUUCGAUUGCUAUUUUGUAGACAUUAAAUGUGGGCACUCUUAUCAAAGAACUUCAGUGUAGGACACUGAACAUU